CGGCAAAGGCAACGGUAGUAAGUCUCCUUUUUUUGUUCUCAGCCCCAAAAAAAGAAGACACAAAAAAUAUAAACUACACAUAGCAAAGUAAAGCAGAUAGAAAAAAAAAUUAAGCGAAAAAAUAAUUCCAAAAUAUUUGCCAAUUUCCCGUCGCGUGAGAAUCUUUUGGAAUUUUUGGACAAGGAAAACGAAAAACCGAGAACCGAAAGAGGAAAGGCAAAACACAGGAAAACGAAAAAAAUCUCUCAACAUCAAACUGAGUGUGAACAUUUUCGAUGGAAAAAUACCGCGAAUAGUGAGUGUUGAGACGAGAAGAGACACCCGAAAGCGAUAGUGUGUACGGAAUAAUGAAUUCAAAAAUUGUGUUUCACUCGAUUUAAAUGAUGUGUUGCAUUCCCGAGUGGUGGCUGACGAGAGUGAAACCAAUUUCAUGAAGUUGAAUGGAUUGAAUGGGGGAGCAUUUUGGGUGGUUUGUGGUGCGAUUUUUUUUGUUCAACAUCCGCAACCAAAGCAAAUGAACAAAGUGGAAUAGUGUAGUGAAAACGGUCGACCACAGAUUAUACACAACGUGAAAAGGAAGUAAACAUUGCAAAAGUCGAUUUAUUCGUUUUUUUUCGGUGUAUCCAUGGAUUGAAUGGGGCAAAAUAGUCGGAGUUAAUACAGAAAAACACACGGCAAAACCCAUACUAAACGAAUGAAAAACGAAUGGAUUUUGGUUUUAGUUUGAUUGAAAAGUGUGAAGAAGAAGAAGAAGAAGAAGAAGAAGAAGAAGAAGAAGAAGAAGAAGGCUGCUGUCAUUUGAUUGGCAACGACUGAGAGUGAACACGACAACGACGACGAUUAAGCUGAAAUCAAGCAGAAUGUGUCAUUUCGUACACACAGUCGAACAAAUUGAAAUCAGUGUGAAUCAAGUUUUUGGUGCGUGUUUCGCUGUUUAGUUCAGAAUAAUCGUGCGGGUGGAAGAAAGAAAAAUCCGAAACAAAUAUUCGCCCUAAAACGAGAGGACAAGAACACAUUUCGGAAUCGAUGUACAGAGUGUUGUUGCGAAUUAAGUGUCUGUGUGUCAUAUGAAUUUUUCGUAGCGCGUGAUCGUAAUACAAACGAAUUUAUAUAUCAAGCAGCAGCAACAGCAGGAGCAGUAUUAGCAGUGACUAGCAGCAGCAGCAGCAGCAGCAGCAGCAGUGAGAAGAAACAGAAAAGAUAAACGACGGCCAAAAAAAGCAAAGGAUUCUCGAUUUACACACUUGAACAACCCAAUUCACACACGGAACAGACCGACCAACCAACCGAUACCAAAACUCUUUUCGACCCAACUGAAAACAUUCUUGUCUUGUGAACGUCGAUCGUUUUUAUCUGCACAAUAAUGAAGUAAAGAUCAAUAACCAAAAUAGCAAAACACAAUAUAAGCAUAGCUAAAAAGAAAAAUCGAAAACGAAAAAAAAAAACAGCAACAACAACAACCAAAGAGAAACACAACAAACAAACAACAUUUCUCUCACUAGUUUUUCUUUAGUGUGUAUUUAGCCAUUACGUAUUCGUGAUAUACACAUAUUUAUUGAUACAUAUAUAUUUAGAGAAAGAGAGAGAGAGAGAGAGAGAGAGAGCGAACGAAACUAUAUCAAGCAAUUUAUAUUUGAAGCAUAUUUUUUCCUUAGAACAAAUCAUCAGCAAGGUUUUGUGUUCCAAAUGUUAGACCGCGCCUGUGUCGCGGUAUAUUAUGUCUCGAGAACCAUACAAUUCAGUUGCAGCUGCUAAUUCUGGUACACGAAGUCCUGGAACCGGACCCAUACGUUCAACCUCAGCCAGACGCAUCACUGAAUUGCCCACGGUAGAUCGAUCACCUUCUCGAGAUUACGCAACACGUGGCAGCCCCUCUGUACGAACAUUAGUACGGCAAUCUCGACCUGGCGAUCAUUAUUCAUUACAUUAUAUCACACCAAUAUUCGAUCAGAAUCGAAGUAGUCGAUUGACACAAUUUCAAAGCCAUACAAGACAACCAACACGGUACGCUUCAUUACAACAACGUUAUACUGAUUCCUCCGUUGCAGCAGCAACAAUGGGAAGUCCGUACUACAGAGAUAUGGAUGAACCGACUAGUCCAGCUGGUGGGGCUCAUCAUCGUAGCCGAAGUGCAAGUCGGCCACCAAUUUCACAUACCAUGGAUUAUCCAAGAACUCGAUAUCAGUCAUUGGAUCGAGGCGGUUUGGUGGAUGUGCACGAUCGUGAAUUCAUACCGAUUCGCGAGCCAAGAGAUCGAUCAAGGGAUCGAUCGCUCGAGCGUGGACUGUAUCUUGAGGACGAGCUGUACGGUCGAUCGGCGCGCCAAAGUCCGAAUCCAUUAAAUAUGGCGGCAAGUGAUCGGGGCUAUUUGGGCGAUUUACAACAUCAACAAACCGAUUUGCAACGCGAAUUAGGCACACUAAAACGUGAAUUAGAAUUGACAAACCAAAAAUUAGGUAGUUCAAUGCAUAGCAUUAAGACGUUUUGGUCACCGGAGCUAAAGAAAGAGCGGGCACUGCGCAAAGAAGAGAGUGCAAAAUAUAGCCUUAUUAACGACCAAUUAAAAUUGUUGAACAGUGAAAAUCAGAAACAAGCAAUGUUGGUCCGACAACUCGAAGAAGAGCUUAGAAUGCGAAUGCGUCAGCCAAAUAUCGAAAUGCAGCAGCAAAUUGAGGCGCUUUACGCCGAAAAUGAGCACCUGCAAAGAGAAAUAGCCAUUCUUAGAGAUACAAUUAAGGAACUCGAACUGCGAAUUGAAACACAAAAGCAGACGUUGUCUGCACGCGAUGAAAGCAUUAAAAAGCUGCUGGAAAUGCUUCAAACGAAAGGAAUGGGUAAAGAAGAAGAGCGUCAAAUGUUCCAGCAGAUGCAGGCGAUGGCACAAAAACAGAUGUUGAACAGUUCGUACAACCUCAAUCGACUCGGAAGUCCAACGGCUGGUGAUUUAAUAAAUACGUCGGUGUUUGAUGCGUGCGGAGGUAGUGGAAAUUAUUUUAAGCCAUCGCCACCAUUCAAUAUGUACGAUCCGGAUUUGCAAUCGUAUACGUGCAAUCCAUUGAACAGCGUUCACCAUCAUCAUCACAGCAGCACCACACAACUGCCACGUCGUCGAUAUAGUAUUGGUGGUUUGCCAUCGGCCACCACAAAUGAAUAUCUAAAUUUACAGCAUCAAACGAUAGUGGCGGCCGCUGGUGAUGCGCAUCUAUCGAAUUUAUUGAACGAGGCCAAAACAUCGAUCACCCGAUCAUCGCAGAUAUUAUCGCGUGGCGAAGAUUUAAGCGGCGAUAUAAUGCUAUCGGCUGCGGCCGGCGAUGUAAUCGCCGACAUAUCACAUCGUCAUCAUCAUCAUUUAUUGAAUGGUGAUCUUGAUAUCACCGGUGCCAAUAUACUAAAUCAAUUGCCGAUCACCUAUUCAUCACAGCCGAAUAUUUACUAUUCACAACCGAAUUACACCAACAGCCAUAUGUCAACGGACAUGUAUUUGUCUCGUUUUAAACGAUCAAUGGCACCAACGGCAUAUGGUAGCGGUGGACUGGGCGGCAUCGGUUGUAAUCCAGCCACCGGAGCAGCAUCAACACUUAAUUGGGGUGGCCAAAAAUCACAAUUCACCAAUCCAAUACUAACCGCAUACACAAAUCCCUAUUUCAAUUCAAACAUUCCAUCAAAUGUGAUGAACUAUAAUAGUGUCACUAGUCAUUCAUUGCCCUACAAUAGUUACAAUCAACAACAACCACCACCACCAUCACAAAUGUACCAUCAUCCAUCGCAAUCCAUUUCCACGUAUCCCAAAUACAAUCAACCACCACCACCAUACAGUAGUGUAUUGUCCAACACACAGCUACACCAACAAACACAACCACAAUAUCAUCGGCCAUUACAUUAUACAUCCAAUCCGGUGAUAUCACAAUCAUCGAAUUAUUAUUUUAAACAUCCCACCCAUCAUCAAUAUCAUAGUAAAAUUUUACAUCCAAAUCAUGCAGCGUCGAUCGCUCAAACGUCAACAUCCGCCUCGUAUUUACACCAUCAAAAUCAGCAUCCAUACAGUGGAUACUCGAAUCAACACUUUGAUCAUUUGAAUAAUAGUAAUUGCUACUCGAAACUAGAUUUAGUAGAUUAUACAAAACAGAGCGAACAAACUAAGCGACAAUUGGACGAGUUUCGUUUGGAAAUUCAGCGCCGUGAUCAAGAAAUAUUGGCUAUGGCAGCUAAGAUGAAAACACUCGAAGAACAACAUCAGGAUUAUCAACGCCAUAUAACCGUUUUGAAGGAAUCAUUAUGCGCAAAAGAGGAGCAUUACAAUAUGCUUCAGUCGGACGUUGAAGAGUUGCGAACUCGCAUGGAAGAGAAGAAUCGCUUGAUCGAAAAGAAAACGCAGGCCGCUGUGCAAGCGGUUCAGGAUCGUAAUCGCGUUCAAAACGAAUUGACCGAACUAAAAGAUCACAUGGACAUCAAAGAUCGCAAAAUCAAUGUGCUCCAACGAAAGAUCGAAAAUCUCGAGGAUUUGCUUAAGGAGAAGGAUAAUCAAGUCGAGAUGGCACGUGCCCGUUUGUCGGCGAUGCAAGCCCAUCACUGCAACUCCGAAGGUGCUUUGUACAGCAUGGAAGAGACACUCGGCGACAAGGAUAAGCAAAUGCAAUUGUUACGCGAUCAACGUGAUCGUGCCGAAAAGGACAAAGAAGAGGAGCGUGAAUUGCAUGAGCGCGAAGUGACCGAAUACAAAUUGAAAUUGCAUUCGCUGGAGUGUGACAUUGAGAAGUUGAAUUCGCGUUUGGAUCGCAUCCAUGUGGAGAAAGAGCGGCUGGAAACUCGUCUCGAGUCAUCGCAAAGCGAACUCGGCAAAUCAAAGGCCGAAUACGACAAAGUGUCCGGUGAAGUGGGACGUAGCACCAGCGAUUGGGAAGCAACCAAACAGCGAAUGACACGCCUCGAACUUGAAAAUGAUCGGUUACGCCAUGAGCUUGAGCGAUCACAGACCACGUUUGGCCGAUCGACGUUGACCACAUCGCAGGAAUUGGACCGUGCGCAAGAGCGUGCCGACAAAACGGCGGCCGAUUUGCGUCGAACCGAAGCCGAACUGCGAGUCACACGCUCGGAUGCUGAACGUGCUCGUGCCGAGGCUGCAUCGUUGCAAGAAAAGCUCGAGAAGAGCCAGGGUGAAGUGUACCGCCUGAAAGCCAAACUCGAAAAUGCACAAGGUGAACAAGAAAGCUUGCGCCAAGAAAUGGAACGUGUACAGAGUAGCGUACAAAGAGUUCACGCCGAACGAGAUAAAACCUUGACCGAAUUGGAAAAAUUGCGCGAAGAAUUGGAACGAUCACAAGCCGGUCUCGGAAAAUCUCAAUUGGCCCAAGAGAAGUUGCAAAAUUCAUUGGACAAAGCACAGAACGAGGUGGAUCACUUGCAAGAGCGUUUGGAUAAAUCAACAGCCGAAGUGCGUCGCUUGCAACUAGAGAAGGAGAAACAAGCGUACGAAUUCGAGAGUUUGCAAUCACAAUUGGAUAAGGCACUUGGUCAAUCGUCACGAGUGCAGAAAGAACGCGAAUCGCUCGGAUUGGAGAUCGAACGGUACAAGGACAAAGCGGAGAAAGCACAACAGGCAUUGACACGAUUGCAGAAGGAGCGCGAUGCAUUGCAGGAUGAAAUCGAUUCGUAUAAGGAACGUGCCGAAAAUAGUCAAGCAAUGGCCGUGAAAGCGGUACGAGAGCGUGAACAACUGCAAACCGAACUGGAGGUGGUCAAAGAGCGUUGGGAGAAGGCACACAGCGUACACCAGAAAUUACAGAUCGAACGCGACGAUGCCUACACAGAGAUCGAUAUAUUGAAGGAGAAACUGGACAAGGCGUUGUACGCCAGCCAGAAAUUGAUCGAUGAAAAGGACAGCUGGAACAAAGACUAUGAGAAAUUGCUGGAGAAACAUGAUCGUGCACAAAAUGAAAUUUAUCGUUUGCAAUCCCGAGUCGAUACCACCGAAGCCGAUCGUGCACGUUUGGAGGUCGAAGCGGAACGAUCCACAUUGGCCGCAACCAAAGCACGUGAAGAUCUACGUAAAUUGCAAGACGAAAGCUCUCGCUUACAAGAGGCAUGUGAUCGUAUUGCAUUGCAAUUGGCCCGCGCCAAGGAGUUGGAAGACAAGGCCCGCGAAGAGUUGGAAAUAAAUCGUGAACGUUUGGAGAAGGCACAAAAUGAUGUGCGUCGACUGCAAUCGGAGAAGGAUAUGCUUCAAACGGAAGUGGAAAAACUCACAUACGAAGUGGACCGUGCAACUCAUACAAAUACCAAGCAUUCAGCAGCAAUGGAAUCGGCUCAAGAAGAGGCGGCUCGCUUCAGUUUGGAACUGGACAAAAUGCGCGAUCGAUAUGAAAAGAGUCAGAGUGAAUUGCGUCGAUUGCAAGAGCAAGAGACAUACGGACGUGAUACUCGCCGUACGAAGGAAGAGAAUGAACGGUUACGCGAACGAUUGGAUAAGAUGUUGCUUGAAUUGGAUGCCAUCAAAGGUAAAGCCGCCUACGAUGAGGAAUCACACUCGAAAUACAAAGAAAAGUAUGAAUCACGUGAAUUGGAAUGGCAAAAUCUGGAGACAAAACUCCAUGAAACCACAUUGCAAUUGGAGUUGUCAAAGGCUGAAGUGGCCAAGCUAAUUUCCAAUCAAGACAAGCAACGUGCCGAAUUGGAACGUGCUCACAUUGAAUGCGAAAAGGUGCGCGAUCGUCACGAGAAAUUGAUCAAAGAGGCCGAACGGAUGCGUCAACUUGGCCCCGGUGCCAAACAGAAUGCAAUCAGUCCGGGUGCAAAUUCGUUGCCACAAAAUCCAGCCGAACGCUCGGAAAAUGAACGGCUGCGUGAUCGCCUCGAAAAGGCGCUGCAGGUGAAUCAACUGCUGUACAACUUCCUCGAGAAACACACACAAAAUCAAUUCCAAACGCGUGACGCCUCCGAUUUGGAGUCCGGCCGAUUGACCAAAGAAUUGGAAAAAGCACAAAUGCACUUGGCCAAACAGCAAGAGGCCAACGAAUCCACACGGAUCGAAUUCGAACGCAUGUCCGCCGAACUCAAUCGAUACCAGGAGCGUCUAGAGCGUUCGGAAGCCGAACGCGAAGCACUCAAAGCACAGCGUGGAUCGCUGCAAUCACAUCAAGUUGAAAAGAAUAUCAUGAAACUGGAGACUGACGCCAAACAAUUGGCACUUGAACGAGAUCAAUUGAUUCAACAAUUGGAGAAGAGCCAAGACAUGCUGAUGAACUUCCAACAGGAACUCAAUGCCACUGAACAAGAAUUGCAACGACAACGUGAAGAAAAUAAACGGCUUGUGCAACAACACCAAGAGCUCGAAAAGAGAUUACAAGAGGCUGAAAAGGCAAAACCACAGCAGCCGGGUCAACGCAAUCUGCCGCCAACACCAGAUCAACAGCGGCUUGUCGCCGAAAUUAACGCACUCAAACAACGAUUACAAGAGACUGGCGCUCGCAGCGAAAAUGAAGUAGAACAAUGGCGCAAAGUGGUCGAACAAGAAAAGGUACGAGCUGAUCAAGCCGAAAAAGCGGCAACAGAGCUACACAAACGUGCUCAAACAUUGGAAAAGCAGCUGCAAUCACACAUGCAACAAAUUGCCAAUCUGCAACAACAAAACCAACAACUGCAGCAACAACAACAGCAACAACAACAGCAACAGCCACAGCAACCGCAACAGCCAACUGCCCAAACUCAGCAAACUGCUCAAGAAAUGGAAAAACUGCGAAAAGAGCUACAAACGGCGAAUGUGGAACGCGAUCGAUUCGGAUCGCAGCUUGAAAUGUUAGUACAAGAAUUAGAAAAGAGCCAGAUGGAUCUGCUCGAGGCGAAUAACCAACUGAAAAUUACCCAUCAACAAUUGUCGGCAGCCCAACAGGGUGGCGCAGCCAAAGGUGGCAUUGAUGAAGCGCAACGCAAAGAAAUCGAAGCUCAACUCAUACAAAUGGAAGAGUUCAAGAAGCAAUUGGACAACCAAGCAAAAGCCAUCGAAAGCGAACGCAAAUUGUUCGAAGAGCAAAGGAAAGCGAUAGAAUCGAAGCGAAAGGAGCUUGAGGAGAAAGAGAAGAAACUCAUUGAAUUCGAUAGACAAUUGCAGAAACGCAAAGAGCAAAUGGACCAAUUGGAAAAAUCACUGCAAAAGGCUGGUGGCACUGCCGCUGCUGCAGGCGAAUUAAACAAAAAACUCACCGAUACUCAGCGACAAUUGGAGACUGUUCAAAAGCAAUACGAACAAGCCAAAGAAGAAGCGGCUAAAGCCUCACAAGAAACCGAACGUCUAUUGCAAGUGGUGCAAAUGACACAAGAAGAGCAAAACGCCAAAGAGAAAACUAUUAUGGACCUACAGCAAGCGCUGAAGAAUGCACAGGCCAAGCUGAAAGCACAACAACAACAGCAGCAACAGCAAGAGGCCGGGCCAGCUGGAUUCCUGAAAAGCUUUUUUUAAAUAAAUCCGAACGAUGAAUAGAGUGGUCCAUAGUGAAGAUUAGAGAAAAAAAAAAUGGAAGCCCAAAACCUAACUGAAUUAUAUAAAUAGAUAUAUAAAUGUGCAAACGCAAACGUAUGUAUGACUGAAAAGAAAGAGAAAACUAAAAUAUUGGCGCUGAAGGAUUAAAAUGUAAAACGAAGCACUGUUACAACAGCAACAACAAACAACAAAAACCAUCCAAAUAAUCGAAUUCUUUUGAAUCUUUUCCUCUGCUCAUAAUACUCAUUUUAAUCGAAAGUUUAUUAAAUUUCUCAAUACCAAAACAAACAACAACAACAUUGAUAAAACUACCAAAGUGACUAUGUGCACUUGAUAAUUUGUGUGAUUUGAUUUCAUCAUAGAGAAUAGUUAUGAGCAUCUGUCACAUACACACUCUCUUUCUCUUAACACAAUAGUUUAAAUUUAUUGAUGAAAUUUAACAGAAUCAACAACAACAACAACAACAGCGACUACUUUUACCCAUUAAGCAAGUAUAUCCUUUACAAUGGCCUUUGUGACAACAAACAAAUCUAUUCAAAUAGACUCUAAGUGUAAAUGAUCAAAAAAAAAAACAAAUUAAUUUGAAUAUAAUUUGCAAAUUGUGCUAGCGUAAAGUUUAAAAAAUGAUGGAUCAAAUCAACAACAAAGCAAAUGAACAAAUAUCUUAACAAAUAGUAAAUAACGCAUAGUUAAACCAAUUUCAAAUCACGCGCAAAAUGCAUUUAAGCGACCCAUCUAUAUUUUGCUUCGACCGCAACACAUUUUUUUUAGCCACUUGCAACCAAAACCAAAUGCAACCUGAACAAGUUACAAUGAACAUGAAAUCGGAGCGCUUGAUACGCUAGAGCAUGCUCAAUGAGAGAGAUGCUGAUAAGCGAGUCCAUUUUGUUUCGAACGGUGCCAAACAUCGGCAAGAAAUGGUAGAUUAAUAGAAAAAAAACGCUUCGAUUAUUUAACGCAUGGUCGCUUGAUAAACAGUUACUUUCGAAAUUCACUGCAAGAUAAUAAUAGUAAAGUGCAGCCCGCAGCAAGUAAAAUACGAGACGGUGAUGAUCCAAAUGUGGGAAAUUGCGGUAGCUAAGCAAGCAAAGGAACUAAAAACAAAUUGUAUUGUGUUAAAUAGAAAAUUAACCAAUUUAAAAGCGCAAGAAAAAGAUGGCAAAAAGAGCGAACUGUUGACAUUGCCAUAGACAUUUUGCCUCAUUUCUUUCGGGGCAAUUGAAUUCAAUAGAAUGAACAAUCAAGUAAACGAAAUGGGAUGCAUUUCCAGUCAAUCUCUUAUUCUCACUAUCUCUCGAUUUCUUUCUAAAACAAAUGUGUCAUAUCAUACAAAUACAUAAAUAGAAUCUUAUUAUAAAACAAAUGAAAAAAAAAACAUAGCCAAAACGUAUCAAA